AUUUUGAUAAUUACCAAUUAUGUUAAUUUAGGGCAGCUGUGGCUUUGGGUGAUGGUCUAAUAAAUGUAAGCAAUUUUGCACUUCAGUUUUCAUAAAUAUUUUCAAAAUAAAGUGCUCACAACCGCGUGCUUUUCUUUUAGUCAUAAUGAAUGGAUUAUCUUCAUUUUGUUCUGCUUCUUCGUCCACAUGAGGGAGCCAAUCUCAGCUGACACAGGGGCGAAAGCCCAAUCCCCAAAUCUGCACGAAAAAUAUAUUGAAUCUGAGUGCCCUCACUGCGUGGUCAGCUGUUGUGAGACAAUUCUGUAAAAACAGGUUAUGUAAGGUUCAUACAAUUACAGGGGCAAACCAUGAAAAUUAAACAUUUAACACGUGUCUGUGUAUGUCAUUUACAUUCCUAAGGAUUAACUAAUACUUUUAGGUUUCCCAGUUAGGUCAGGUUCACAUUCCACUGCUACUGCGACUAUUGUGACGUUUUCAACAAUAUUGGUCGGAAACAAGGAACGAAGACAAUCGUGUACUGUCGCUUUAACAGAAGCACGUGGUACUUGCAAACAUCCGGUUUACAGAAAAUGGAAAUAAAAGUGAAACACUGCGUCUUCACGGCGUGUUGACGCAUGUCGCGUUGCAUACUCAACUCUAAUGACGUUUUCUUACAGUGCUUUCAAGCUGUGGAAAUGUGAAGAUGGAGGAUGUCUGCUUUGUCUCAGAGAGAGAGGACAUCUGCUCGCUGUUUCCAGACCAAAGCCCGGAUGUCAAGCUUAAAGAUUUAAGCAGCCAGUUUUCCUCUGUGAGGACAGUGCGCGGCGAUGGGAAUUGCUUCUACAGAGCCUUCUGCUUCGCACACAUGGAGACAGUCCUGCACAACACCAGAGCUUUGCAGGGAUUCAAGGAUAAAAUAAUUAAAAGUGGCCAAGUCCUGUCGUCUGCGGGAUUUGAUGAGAGCGCCUUCAACCACCACCUGGACACAGUUGUGAGCGUGAUCGAGCAGUGCCAGGAGAAUGAACAUGAAGACACGCUGCUCAGGCUCUUCAAUGAGAAGACCACCUCUGACAGCGUGGUGCAGUAUCUCAGGCUGCUCACUUCAGCGUACUUACAAAACCAUGCAGACUUUUUCCGCAACUUUGUGGAGGCGCCCAGUCUACACGCAUACUGUCGCCAGGAAGUAGAAGCUAUGGCGAUGGAGUGUGACCACGUGGACAUUCUGGCUCUGUCAGAGGCCCUGGACAUUUGCAUACAUGUCGUCUCUGUGGAGAGUGAUGAACAGCAGUUGGCUCACCACGUGAUUCCAGAAGGAGCUGAACCUUCCAUGCACCUCCUCUAUCAAAAAGCACACUACAACAUUCUCUACCCACGACCUCAGCACUAACCAAUGAUGAAAUGGGACUCAACUCAGGAAUAUGGACUUUGGAUGAAUAAAUCCCAGCUGUGCUUUAAAA